AUGCCCGUCAUGAUGGCUCAAGCACCCUACGAGAUACGGACGGGCGGCGACGGCAAGAGCAAGAAGCAGAGCAUGGCCGAGCUCAAGCUGCGACGUCUGACCGAACUCAACCAGCGCCUGCGCGAGGACCUCGAGCGCCGCAGGAUACCCGUAUCGGAAGCCGCGUUAGAUCUCAUUGCAUUCACGGAUAAAGAACCCAAAGAUUGGAUGGUACCGUCACGAUGGGGAACGAUUGACAAGCGCGACGACCCCUACGCGCCACAACAGAGCAACGGCUGCUGCAUCGUAAUGUAA